AUGUCUACAAGUAUAAGAGGGAAUCCGCUUCCACCGUCGGAGUAUUGACUUCCAGUUACCAGAAACCUAAUGGCCGGCGAAGUUUCAGAUCCUACAAACCAUAGAUUCUUCGUGGCCGUACACGUCGGAGCCGGUUACCACUCACCGGUUAACGAAAAGGCUCUCCGAUCUGCCAUGAAAACUGCCUGCAUCGCCGCAGCGUCUAUUCUCCGAACGGGCUCGGGCGGAUGUGUAGAUGCUGUAUCAGCAGCCAUUGAAACCCUGGAGAACGAUCCGUGCACAAAUGCUGGGAGAGGGUCAAACUUGACAGAAGGUGGUCACGUUGAAUGUGAUGCCAGCAUCAUGGAAGGUAGUUCGGGAACAUUCGGGGCUGUUGGAGCAGUGCCAGGUGUAAAGAAUGCCAUCAAGAUUGCAGCUUUGUUGGUCAAGGAGCAGAUGUCGGGCUCAUCACUGUUGGGUCGAAUUCCUCCCAUGUUUUUGGCUGGUGAGGGUGCCCGUGCUUGGGCCAAGUCUAAGGGCGCAAAUGUUUCAGGAACCAUUGAAGAUACAGAAAAGUGGCUUGUGACAAGAAAGGCGAAAGAACAAUGGAAGAAUUAUACAGCAAUGCUUGAAGAUGCCAAAUCGGGAAUUUCUUCAGGCAAACCGUCAUCUAGUCGUCAACAGAUUGAUAAUGCAUCAGAUGUUAGUAAUAAUGCUAUGGAUAGGAUCAUGGAUACCGUAGGAGUUAUAUGUAUCGAUAAAGAAGGGAAUAUAGCAUCUGGAGCGUCUAGUGGUGGCAUCGCACUAAAGGUCAGUGGGCGUGUGGGUUUAGCGGCAACAUACGGUUCUGGUUGUUGGGCCUCCUCAAAGGGCUCGUUAAUAGUUGGUUGUUGUGUCAGUGGUGCUGGUGAAUGCCUGAUGAGAAAUUUUGCUGCUCAAGAAUGUUGUACUUCUUCAUCACUAUUGCAGGCCGGUCCAGGUGCUGCCUGCUCAGAAGUUCUAGAGUCUGUAAUCAAAGACAGUUGUCAACGUGGUAGUGAUAGAAGUGCUGGAAUUCUGCUUGUGCAAGCCGAGGCUCCUUCAAUUGGUAUUGGAUCAUCACCACAGCUGAAAUCUGUUGAAAUUGCUGCUGGCUACACUACCUUGUCUUUCGGAAUAGGUUAUUUUGGUAAUUCCAUGGAGCAGCCUAAGGCUUCUAUUUUAAGGAGUAGCAAACAACAUAACAGAAGAGACAUAUCCCAAUUUGCGGCAUUAGUUAACCUCACCUAAGAAUUUUUAGGUUUGAAGAUCCGGAUUCUGAUUAUGAACACAUGCAGCAUUUCCGGCGACUCCAAAACAAAACAAAACAAAAGACAUCGGGUGUCUUAAAUUAAAGUCAGGAAAACCGGUUUGAUUGAUGAACAAUCAGAGCAGUAGCAGUAUCUGUUUUUUUCCAGAUUCUGCCAUUUUUUGCUUCAACUUGUAUUUUAAUUAGUGAAUUUUGUUACUUAUAAAACAAGUGGAUUGUUGGUAUAUAUACACAGUUUACUUUGUUAUUUUAAAA